AGACAAUGCCAACCAGAGCCACUGUCUCCAGCAGCCCAGGCCUGGAGCACCCUGCAGCGCGCAGAGGAGCGGCCACGUUCAUCCAUGGGGAAGGGCACACCCUGCCAGGCCAACAGCCAGGUGGAGGCCAAGCUGCAAGCAGGCAGCAGCAAAGCCGAGCAGGCACAGAGCAGGGAGGUGGCAGUGCAGGUCCAGGCAGAGCUCAGCCAGUGCCAGCAGAAACAGCAACUGAGCCUGGAGCAGGAGCUGAAACACGUGCACCCUGCGUCCCAUGCCCAAGAGAAGGUGCAGAAGAGCCUCGAACAGCUCCAAGCCCUGAGGGAGCAGCUGAGGGCACGGGAGGAAGAGAACUGGAGCCUGUGGUGCGGCCUGGCUUGGCUGCAGGAGGAGCUGAGAGCCACCCGCAGCCAGGGCCAGCAAAGUGAGGAGGAGAGGCAGCAGCUCCGCUGGGAGCUAAGGAAGCUGCAGGAGCAGAGCAAGCAGGAGGAGCUGAGCAGGCAAGCCCAACACUGGCAGCAGCUCUACCAGGACAGCCAGCGAGCUCUGGCUGCGCGAGAAGAGGAGCUGGUGCUGUGCAAAGUGGAGCUGGCGUUCUUCAAGGAAGAGCUCAGCAAGGCCAAGAAGCAGGUGCCGCAUAGAAACGGGAGCGCAGGCUGGGCCCCUGGCACCAGGGAAGGACAGAGCCUAGCCCACAGGCAGGGCAGAAGUGGAGAGGACAGGAGAGGGGACAGCAUACUGCAGAUCCCGGGCCACCAAGGGAGGACGCUGCGGGUCUGGCAGCAGCAGGGUUGAAUAUUUUGAAACUAGCCCUCUUUGCUCCACCGCUAGAAAGAAGCCCCUCAGCAUGGAACUACCAUGGGAUGACAGAAGUUCACAGCCAGUAGAGCUGAGGUUAACAGUUCCUCUCCAGAGGAGCUCUCCCAAGGCACCAGCGUCUCCAGACCCUCUGCUCAGCCCCAAAGGCUGCUGCCCCAGCACAGCCUGCUUUCUCCAGCCACCUUCAGUCUCCUAGAGGGCUGGGAAGAGCAGCCACGCACCAGCCAUGAACCACCUGCUGGUUCACACGUGGCCCCAGUGGUCGUUCUUCCCAGGUAGAAACCCUGCGCUCUUCCCACGCUCUGGCAUGCUCUGACAGCAGCAGCUGCGCAAGGAGAAGGAGCUGGUGCAGGUCAACAGCAGCGGAGCAUCAGCAGUCACUGCUGCCAGCAGGGGUGCAUGGGACAGAUGGGCAACUGCUGCACUACCCAAGCUCCUGCAAGGCCAGCAGAUCAGGAGUGUCUCUGCACCACCUCAUCUCCCCUGCCUUUCCUCCAGGCGUCUUCAAGACACACAGGGCGGGAUGCAGGAGGAAACACUUCUCUUCACGGCCAGAACCCCUGAGCAGCACCACAAGUGUGGGCAGCUGAAGGUGAGCGGAAUCCCAGGCCCAGCCUGGCCUGAAACGGGGCUGGGCCUAUGGGAGAACUGCCUUUGCGGCUGUAUGGGCCAGGGCUGGGCCAAGGAAAGGUGGUCUUUGCCCUCUAGGUCAGUGUCAUUCUCUGCCUCUUCCCAGACUCUACAGGGCUACAACUUGACAGUCCCAGCCCCACACGGUUCUGCAGGGCUGCCUCCACCCAACGCUCGCCUCCAGGACAAGAAGCAGCGCAGCACAAAGCAAGGA